CAAAGACCAACUAUCAAAAUACGAAAUGAAAAGACUAGAAGACAGUAUGUUGAACUUUUUCUUUAGUUAUUUAUCUUACUAAAUGGAUUGUGGACGUGCUAUGUGCUACGAUGUUACAUUUGAAAACAAAGGACUCGAUCUAUUUUAGUAGAUAAGUAGCUAACGUUUACUAGCUAACUUUCCCUUAGCCAUUGGCUUUGGGUAACUUCAAGUUGUCAAGCUCGUGUUAAUGGAAAUAGAGAUUUUCUAGUUGUAGCUUUCAAAAUAAUACUCAGACUAACGAAUAUGGAGUGAAACAGUAAAUCCUAUAAACGUGAGCUUUAUUUUGAAGGAAAUAUCCGGUGUUAUUAAUGCACUAUCCGGGUGACUUGACGGAGAAAGGAACUUUAAUAGCUAACUAGCUAGCUAACUAAUGUUAGCAGGUUAAAGCAUUUGUUUGCUAUCGGUUAAAGGAAACUACGCGAACUUUAAAAUUGCCAAAUAUAAUUGAACCAGGGUUACGUCAAAGUACGUUAAGUUUUGAAUUGCAUUGCUCUCUAUUUAUAAUGGUUUACUCUUAAGGUAGCUUUGUAAAUGCACGUAUGGCUACGUUGCAACCGAAACUAACAACUUUGGUAGCUAACGUUAGCUGCACGUUGUUGACACUGGACAGAUCAGUCUGUUUUAGUCAAGAGCGGAAUAAAACUAAGGUUAUGUGAUGUUAUGUCUUGUUCGUUUUUGAUGCUGGACAACACGAUGAGCACUCGAUUUAAGUCUGUGACGUUACAAAUGUAACGUACGGCGACAUUACACGUAGCUAACGUUAACGCUUAAUACAUUUGAUAUUUUCAUCAGUAAGUACGUACUUUCCAGUUCUACAUUUUCGCCUAAGUGUUAGCUAAAACUUCAGUUCUUUUGGCGUAUAACUAGACAGCAUUUCUAAUAAAAACAGAAACUUUUACAGUGUAUAUUGCCUUCAUUCCCAGAAUGUUUUAGACCAAUACAAACUGGUUGUGAGCUCCUUUGAGCCUUAUUGUAUCAUACAAACACAUGCUAACGUCAAUGCUAACUAUGGCUGAAGUAUUUUGUAAGGAGAGUUCAACAUUGCCCUGGAAAUUUAUAUGCCUCUUGAAGUGUAAUUCAUUUAAUGAUUUGUAAUUUAGGCUAGCUGGCCAAUAACACCACCACAUAAUGCUCAAGUAAAAAUGUGUUUCAACUUGUCAUGUACUUAUUCCACAUGUCAUGUCUGAAUAAGCAUGGUUAGAUAUGCAUACUGCAUACAGAAACAGAUUUUCAGCAGUCUUGGUCGGUCAAAUAGCUGUAACUGAUUUACAACUGUGUUGGCGCCAUAAUUCAUGUCAAAUGAACUGCACAUGCUGCAGGUGUGAAUGCACCUAGUGUGCAAUCAGCAUUUUCUUGUUAUUUGACCAUUGUCAGUCCACCAUUGCAAAACUUACACUGUACAAAUUAGUGAUAGUAUACAUUUAUCUGAAGUAUUUUGUUUUAUGAUUAUGUUGUUUAAAUCUGCAUUAAGUCUUUUUAGGGCCCAACUUGCCUCAAAACCCUCUCUGCCUCACAGAGGGACUCCACCAUGUUUGCUUGCACAAAUCAGAUUUCUUCAUCAUUUCUUCAUAACUGCACAAUGUCAUCAACACGGCUCUGCUCAGCCAGCAGAGCCAGCUGCUUUCCUUCCUCUUUUUCUGGGCCAACAGUCAUCUCAUUUCAUAGCUGAGUUUUUUUUUUUUUUUUUAGAGCUCAACUCAUCGUCGUAUAAUCUAGCCUCGCUGCUUCGUUAAGCCUCCCAUGAUCCCAGCCCACCUCUCACUCCUCCGUGGUGCAGUGUUUGUCUUGUUGGCUAUGUGGCACCAUUCUGCGUGUGUUUCUAGCAGCGUGGACUGACGAUGCAUUGUGCCUCUACGUCGCCUGUGUGUCUUUCCAGGUAAAGCAUGGCGAUGACAGGCCCGAGCUCGUGCUCCUCCAUGAGUAACCACACCAAGGAGCGGGUCACUAUGGCCAAAGUGACCCUGGAGAACUUCUACAGUAACCUCAUCGCCCAGCACGAGGAGAGAGAGAUGAGGCAGCAGAAGCUGGAGAAGGUGAUGGAUCAGGAGGGCUUGGCUGAUGAAGAGAAACGUAUCCGCCGUUCUCAGCAUGCGAGGAAAGAGACCGAGUUCUUGCGUCUGAAGCGGACUCGACUGGGUCUGGAGGACUUCGAGUCCCUGAAGGUGAUUGGCCGAGGAGCUUUUGGAGAGGUUCGUCUGGUGCAGAAGAAAGACACUGGCCACGUCUAUGCCAUGAAGAUCCUCCGCAAAGCUGACAUGCUGGAGAAGGAACAGGUUGGUCAUAUUCGGGCAGAGCGGGACAUUCUGGUAGAGGCCGACAGCCUGUGGGUGGUCAAAAUGUUCUACAGCUUCCAGGAUAAGAUGAACCUCUAUCUCAUCAUGGAGUUCCUGCCUGGAGGAGACAUGAUGACCCUGCUGAUGAAGAAGGACACUCUGACGGAGGAGGCCACUCAGUUCUACAUCGCUGAGACGGUGCUGGCCAUCGACUCCAUCCACCAGCUGGGCUUCAUUCACAGAGACAUCAAACCAGACAACCUGCUGCUGGACUCCAGGGGUCACGUGAAGCUGUCUGACUUUGGUCUGUGCACGGGGCUGAAGAGGGCUCACCGCACCGAGUUCUACAAGAACCUGAACCACAGCCUGCCCAGUGACCUCACCUUCCAGAACAUGAACUCCAAGAGGAAAGCAGAGACCUGGAAGAGGAACAGGAGGCAGCUGGCUUUCUCCACAGUAGGAACCCCCGACUACAUCGCUCCAGAGGUCUUCAUGCAGAACGGAUACAACAAGCUCUGCGAUUGGUGGAGCCUGGGUGUCAUCAUGUACGAGAUGCUGAUUGGUUACCCUCCGUUCUGCUCAGAGACGCCUCAGGAGACCUACAGGAAAGUGAUGAACUGGCGAGAGACGCUGACCUUUCCCCCAGAAGUGCCUAUAUCGGAGAAGGCCAAAGACCUGAUCCUCAGGUUCUGCUGUGAGGAGGAGCACAGGGUCGGGGCCGCAGGUGUGGAGGAGAUCAAGUCCAACCUUUUCUUUGAGGGGGUGGACUACGACCAUAUCAGAGAAAGACCCGCUGCCAUUCCCAUCGAGAUCAAAAGCAUCGACGACACCUCAAACUUCGACGAAUUCCCUGAUUCAGAUAUCCUCACUCCAACGGCCGCCCCGGUGUCCAACCAGACCGAGGUGGACCUGAAGAACAAGGACUGGGUCUUCAUCAACUACACCUACAAACGCUUCGAAGGCCUGACCGCUCGAGGAGCUAUACCGUCCUACAUGAAGUCAGGGAAGAGAUGAGCGCCUCCUCUCAGGCUUCUAACCAACACCGCCAAACCUGAAGAGAGUCGUCCGAACCCCCGCUGUCCUCAGAGCCUCAGCCGAGAGGAGAACUCUGUGUUCUCUGAGGAUCCUCCUUCAUACAGGGCUCGGUGAAUAAUAAAAGGGGCUCAGUUUCAACUGCUGCCUUCAUUUCUGCAGGUCUUCACUGUCCUCUGAUGCUUUCGAAGGGUACCUUUCUACUUCCUGCUCACACAUGAAGACUGGACUGGGAUUGAAGUGGUUGGGAUUCUCUCUCCACUUGCCUUUUUUAUCCACCAGUGGAUGCAGUGGCACGUCUUUACAUCCCGAUACCAGCACCAUCACAUUCCCUCUCCAUAACCCAGCACCGCUCUGUCGGACCUGGACCUCCACUCGCCCUCUGUCAUGUGGACUCGUCACCUCAAACAUGGUCACUUGAAGUGAAUCAGGGAUUCUGUCCAAAUGUUUCUCACUAUGAGUCUUCUCUGAAGUUGCUGCUGGCUUCUGACUGUAACCAAAGACUGUGAGCUGAGUGGUGUUUCUGCUUGAUCUGUCACUGCUUGUAACUUAGAAUUGUAUUUUUUUAGGUCCAUAAUCUCCUUUUAAAAAGAGAACGUAUGAGUGAUGCAUUUUGUGGAGCAAACACAAGAGUCUCUUUACAUUUUUCACAAUGACCCCCUGAAGUUGUGCACCUUAUAUGACGUUUGAGCCAGCUCCAUCCAGCUCAUUCCUCACUGUGUUUGGGAUGGGCUGGUUUGUAUUGGACUGGAUGUGUCCAGUCACCAUUUUACAUUUUUAAUGAACCCGAUGCAAACUCAGAUUAUUUUUUUAGUGUCCUCAUGGAGGAGAAGUCUGGAUCAUCAUGAGAACUGAUGCAGCUCUCGUAGUGUUGAGCAGCUGUUCAGAGAGAGUGGUGAAUGAACCCAGGCAGCCACAGUGUGAACACAUUCAGUGGACUACUUUUUAAAUAGAGGCCUCAACAUCUUCCAGUGAACACAAUAUCCAACAUGCUGUCAUUUAAAAUGAAUGUAAAUGAAGUCUUACAGAGAAA